UUUACAUUGCUUGCUGAAUGUGCUAAAGGGAGCAAAAUAUUAUCAGGCAUACUUUGGUUUACAAGAAGAGGUAUAAAAGAUGCUCAUAUAACAGAUGAUAGUGUAGGACAGACUGUUGUCACUUUUCUCAGCGCACUUUGACAGAAUUUCUCCAACUCUGCUUUCAUCAUGCUUUUUGCCAGAGCAGUGAAAAGUAUCUGGUGUUGUUAAACAGGCUGAACAAGAAUGCUGUUUGAGCUGUUUGCUUGUUUGAGAGAGAGAUUUGAGCUCCACACCAAUCAAAUCUUUUGUAUGGCAUCCACACUAAACUCACCUGUCCUGUUUCUGUUGUGUUCGCUCCACAGUGACGUGGCACCUCACAAACCGCCUCGUCACAAGAGAGGUCACCCUCCACCCUCUAAGCUCUGUGAAAGCUGCCAAGUAGUCUUUGACAAAACAAAACAGCGUUACAACCAAACCUGGAGAAAGCAGGAGGAAAACCUCAAAAAGAUCAGAUCUGAGCUGAAAAAAAAGUGCAAUGCUUUUGACAAAGCCAUCAUUACCCAGGCAAACACUCCAGUGGGAUCCAGGAUUGUGUAUGAGGGGGUUCAGAGUAAUUCCGUCAGAGUGACAGAGAAGAUGUUCCGCACCUUUGUAAAGAAGCAGCCAUUUAAAAAGAAACUACAGAAAACAUGUGCUAUAGUUGGGAACGGAGGGAUCCUGAAUGAAAGCGGCUGUGGGAAAAUGAUCAACUCAGCUCAGUUUGUAAUCAGAUGCAACCUACCACCUUUGGGAGAUGACUUUGAGGAAGAUGUCGGCAACAAGACUGACUUUGUGACAGCAAACCCAAGCAUCUUUGUAGAUAGGUAUGAUUCUCUACUGAACCUUCGCCGUCCAUUUGUGGAGAGUCUUCGUAGGUACGGCAACUCCCUGAUGCUCCUAUCCCCCUUCUCCUUCCCCUUCAGCACUCCUGUGUGCAUGCGGGCCAUCUACAGCAUUGAGGACUUUGAAAUUCCAGUGAAGCCUAUCCUUUUAAAUUCAAAAUACUUACAGAAUCUGCUAAUCUUCUGGAAGUCCAAAGGUCUACAAGAGGCAAGACUUACCACCGGCCUGUUGAUGGUUAGCCUUGCGCUUGAACUUUGUGACAAUGUGCAUCUGUACGGGUUCUGGCCCUUUAGUAAUCACCCACACAAACCAUAUGGCACAUCUCACCACUACUACGAUGACAGAAAACCAUCGAGACUCCACACAAUGCCAGCUGAGUUUGACCUGUUGUUGAAGAUGCACAGUCAGGGGAUUCUCAGGCUUCACCUGGGAGAUUGCAAACCAGGUUUACAGUAGUUCCUACUACCAGGUUUGGCUGGAUUUUGUUAGAACAAGCAAAAUGAAGCUUGAUCAAUGGGUGGAGCUCCAGGGAAAACAGUUCCUUUCUGCUUUGUGAGUGUGUUAAAGUUUAUUGUUCCUCAUUUAACAUUUCUUACAGAAGGUUUUGGCUGAACCACAACAGGAGGCCAGUACUGUAGCGCUUAGUCCUGGAGCAUAACACCAGAUCCACACUAGAUGUGAAACAGCCAUGCAGUGUGUCGAUUUUCCAUGGAGCGCUGGCUACGUGCUUUCAGUGCCCAUGCUGAGCAGUCAAACCAUUCACACGGCACGCUCAUGAUCUGCAGCUAUGUUUUUGGCACCUGGUCUAUGUUUUCUUGGAGCCGCGAGUGAAUAUGGAAGGAAAAAAGACUUAAUACUCUAUUAUGAACAAUAUAAUUAUCAUAUAAUAUCAUAAUUAUAUAUGAUAUACAUGACCUGAUCAUGCUAAAUGAUAAAAUAUGCAUCUACUGCUUACACAAUGUUUGUCAGUUGUGUCUAAAUAGAGGGGAAGAAAGAUGAGCACACACGCAUACUGACAGACAUGCACACAGAGAAGCACACACAGAUGCAGAUACACAGUCAGAGACACACAAGCAAGCAGGGACAGAGCUCUCUGUGUGAUUAGAGAGGAGCAGAGAAGGAGAUUUGCUGCUGACCAGGGUAUAUCAGGGGGUCUAUCAGUUCGUGCCCUUCUUCCGAAUUCUUUCAAAUACAUUUGAAUUCAACCGAAACACAGCACAUCUUUGAUCACAGUUUCUCAUCAGAAUCAGAAUCAGAAUCAGAAAAGGAUUUAUUGCCAGGUAUAGUUAACACAAUACGAGGAAUUUGUUUUGGUGAUCAAGGUACUAACAUUGUGUAGCUGAGACUAUUGUGUCUACAUUGAUCAAAUUUAAGAACACAAAAAUGAAAAAUCACUCCUCGAUUUUCUUGAUUUUUCAUGGUUAGGGUUUUCAUUUAUUAAUCAAAACCGAACCUGCUGCCUGAUAUCAUCCACUUUCCAGGUGCAGCUCAUCUUUAGCCCUAUGUCAAGGCAAAACUACAAUAAACACAUGAAAGAAUGCAAGACAUCUUAGAACUUAUUAAUAUUUAAAUGUUAUAUUUAAAAGUACAAACAGGAGGGACAACACCUGACAUUUCUCAAUGGACCAUGGACUAUUACAAAAAAGGAGAGAAGCCAAGUUCCCAAUUCAAACCAGGGCAUAUGUAUAUGUUUCUAUCCAAAAAUAUCCCAAAAAUGCUAAGGGCUAUUUUGCCUGUGUGCACUGAAAACAUAAAACUAAGAUGUUAUAAAAAUGUUUUGUAGAAAUUGUUUUAUGUGUUCAUUAUAUUCUGUGAUGGUUUGGAUGUGUGGUUUAUUCUGCUGAACAUGGUCUGUCAUGUGAUUUUACCUCUCCAUACUAACAUGUGACUACUUACUUGGCUGUACAUGUGACUACUUUCCAAUAUGUUAAAGACUAUAUGGUCAUGGGAUAAUAAAUGCAUUUGAAAUAA